AUGUUGCUCCGCCAAAUUUGCGUUGCUUUGGUGGUCGCCACAGUCUCAACCGCCGUCCCGGCCCCGGUGAAGCAUGUCUUGCACGAAAAGCGGAGCCUACAUGCCGACUGGGUGAAGGGUGACCGGGUCAAGCGUGAUUCUGUGCUGCCGGUGCGGAUAGGCCUUACUCAGGCUAAUCUAGAUAAGGGUGAUGAGUAUCUGAUGGAAGUGUCUGAUCCCAAUUCUCCAAAAUACGGUCAGUACUGGUCGGCAGAGGAAGUGCAUGAUCUCUUCGCGCCCUCAAAAGAUGCUGUUGAGUCUGUUCGUCGCUGGCUCGAGUCCUCCGGGAUCCACGAGUCCCGCGUUGUGCACUCAGAUAACAAAGGGUGGCUUGCAUUCGAUGCUCACGCCCAUGAAGUCGAAAGAUUAUUCAUGACCGAGUUUUAUGAGCAUCAACAUGCCAGCACAUCCAGUUUGAAGAUUGGCUGUGAAGAGUAUCAUGUUCCAGAGCAUAUUCAACAUCACAUUGACUACAUCACCCCUGGAGUCAAGCUCAGCCCCAUUGUCAAGAAAAGCUCAAUGGCAAAGCGGGCAUCCCACUUGGCUCAUUCCCAGAAAGGCGUGGAAUCCGGUUCCAUCGCCGAAGCUAAGGUGAUACCCGCUGAGGCACUGUCCCUUCCUGCAGAGCUUCAGUCUUGUGGAUCUGACAUGACCCCGGCCUGUAUCAAGGCCUUGUACCACAUCCCCGAUGCUACUAAAGCCCAUAAGGAUAACUCGCUUGGUCUUUACGAACAGGGUGACUAUUUUGCCAAGUCGGACCUUGAUCUCUAUUGGAGAGAUUAUGCUCCUCAUAUCCCGCAGGGUACAUAUCCCAUUCCGGCUUUGAUCGAUGGUGCCCAUUUCUCCGUGCCUGAUUAUAGCCCACUGAACACCGGAGAAUCAGACAUUGAUAUUGACAUGGCCUAUGCUCUGAUCUAUCCACAAUCUGUGACCUUGUAUCAGGUCGACGACCAAAUAUACGAGCCAAUCGAGGUCGCAAGCACUAACCUGUUCAACACAUUCCUCGAUGCACUCGAUGGGUCGUACUGCACGUACAGCGCGUUUGGGGAAACCGGCGACAACCCAGACAUUGACCCAGUCUAUCCCAACCCCCAUCCCGAUGGCUACAAAGGCAAACUUCAAUGUGGUGUAUACAAGCCCACAAACGUCAUCAGUGCUUCCUAUGGCCAGGCUGAAGCCGACCUCCCAGUCGCCUACACAAAGCGCCAAUGCAACGAGUUCCUGAAGCUUGGUCUACAAGGUCAUUCCAUCCUUUUUGCCUCCGGUGACUACGGAGUUGCCUCAUUCCACGGUGAUGGCUCCGAGAACGGAUGUCUAGGACCUGAAGGCAAGAUCUUCAACCCCCAAUACCCAUCGAACUGUCCCUACGUCACCUCUGUCGGAGGCACAAUGCUGUACAAAGACCAGACGGUCAAGGACGCAGAGAGUGUGAUGCAUGCCGACUUGGGUGGCACAGCAGCCAACUUCAGCAGUUCUGGCGGGUUCUCGAACUACUUCCCACAGCCGUCGUACCAAAAGUCUGCCGUUGAGAAGUACUUCAAAAGGGCCAAGUUGACAUACCCGCAUUAUUCUGAAUUGAAUGUCGACCUAAACACGACAAAGGGACUUUACAACCGUGUUGGGCGUGCUUAUCCCGAUGUCUCGGCGAAUGGCGCGUUGUUCCCUGCCUACACUGGGGGAUCAAUUCAUCACUAUUAUGGUGCCAGUCUGUCUUCGCCCUUGUUCGCAUCUGUUCUGAGUCUGAUCAACGAGGAGCGCCUUGCUAAGGGUAAGAGCCCUGUCGGCUUUGUGAACCCGGUGCUCUAUGCCCACCCGGAGGUGCUUAACGAUAUCACCAAUGGUACAAAUGUUGGGUGUGGUUCAGAUGGCUUCAGUGCUAUCCGAGGGUGGGAUCCAGCCACCGGUUUGGGCACACCAAACUACCCUAAGCUUAAGAAAUUGUUCUUGUCUCUGCCUUGA